CCCGGCUGACAGCUGCUAUGAGAACAGGAAUCAAACAUAACUUCUUCGUCUUUGCUGUAGCCUGAAUACUUUGCAUCGGCUGGAAGUGGGCUGUUUGUUUCUGCUUCAGCGGAUCUGGCUUCUGCUCUGAGUUGGACUCACUUAUGGAGUUGUCGGAUAUCUCCUUCCCCAUCCCUGCCGCUGAUGAUUUCUAUGAUGACCCCUGCUUUAACACCAGUGACAUGCACUUCUUCGAGGACCUGGACCCGCGGCUGGUUCAUGUGGCCCCGCUGAAACCUGAGGACUCCUCAUCCCCCUCCUCCUCCUUAUCAUCAUCAUCCCCCUCACCGUCCUCCCACCUGCAUCACCACCUUCAGCACCCAGAAGCAGAGGAAGACGAGCACGUCCGCGCCCCCAGCGGGCACCACCAGGCCGGCCGCUGCCUGCUUUGGGCCUGCAAAGCUUGCAAACGGAAAACUACCAACGCGGACAGGCGGAAGGCGGCCACGCUGCGUGAGCGUCGGCGGCUCAGCAAAGUUAACGACGCAUUCGAGACACUGAAGCGCUGUACGACGGCCAACCCCAACCAGAGGUUGCCCAAGGUGGAGAUCUUGCGGAACGCCAUCAGCUACAUCGAGUCCCUGCAGGCGCUGCUGCGCGGCGGCCAGGAGGACGGCUUCUACACGGUGCUGGAGCAUUACAGCGGGGACUCUGACGCGUCCAGUCCCCGCUCCAACUGCUCCGAUGGAAUGAUGGAUUUUAAUGGGCCGAGCAGAACAAAACGUUUUGACAGCAGGUCUUUUUACUCUGAGACGCCAAACGCUGGUCCAAAGAGGGAGCGCAACUCCGUGGUCUCCAGUUUGGAUUGCCUGUCCAGCAUUGUGGAGCGGAUCUCCACGGACAGCAGCAACCUGCAGCCCGCGGCUGACGGCUCCGGUUCCUCAGCCACCUCAGCUCCGCUCAGCGAGGCAGGAAAGGCCCCAGAGCCCAUUCAGAACCCCUCCCCCGCCGACAUCCAGGACCCAAACCGUAUCUACCAAGUCCUGUAGAGCCUCCUACACAACCCCAGCUUGGAAAUGAACACCCUGUCUUACACAAAGAUGCUGUAACAAUAAGUCAUCAUCUCCAUUUCCUAACCAGCUGGAAGCCUGAAUAAUGUCAAAGCUCAUUCCUGCUCGGAAAAAAAAAAACUUGUUCAUUUAAGCCUGUCAAAGUUUUCGUCACUGGGCAUUUUUUUUAUUAGUUUUGAUAUUAAUUUAAAAAUAAUAAAAUGUACUUUUUAUAUUUCUCUAGUCUUAAUUUAAAUUUUAAAUAUAUUGAUAAACGUAAACAUUUUUGUAUUUGUUCCAAGUCAAAAAAAACUAAAAAACGAAAUUAAAAGAGCAAACAGAAUAUUCUAUUAUAUAAUAACGAUAAUAAUGAUAAUUAUUGGUAUUAUAGUAGUAGUAUUUACAUUUUACAUCCCUGUAAAAGAGGGAACUAAGUAGAAACUUGUCAGUGGUUUGCAACACAAAUGAGGUUGAUUGCAUAAACCCUAAACUGAUAAGAAUAAUUUACUUUCCACCACAGAUGCGCUCCAAAGACUACAUUAUUCCACUGCUUGGUAAAGUUAAGGGAUCCAAUACUGUUUAACCAAUAGCCUCCAGUACAUUGUUUUUUAAGUAAAAAAAAAAAAAAAAGACUCAGUUUAUUCAUUUUAUGAACCGAGGCCAAAAAACCAUCCGCUGACAUUCCUCCAUUUUCACCCUUCCAUCUAAAGUCAAAAUACAACCACAGCACACACUGCUGCAGCUAAACCUGAUGACAAAAUGAUGGCGAGCGACAUAUUAAGCAGCAUUUGGAGAAGGAAUCUAGAGAUUGUUUUUACAUCCCCUCUGCAGGGCCACGUCUGCAUCCUGUCAGAUCCAGAUUCAGAAGUCUCUUUCAGCCACUGCAGCACAGAACCAUUUUUCUGUUUCUGUACAUAUGUAAAUAAGAGCUGAUUUGUUUCAUGUGAAGUUAUUCAUUUGUAUUUAAUGUUUGUUUUUAUUGUUUGUUGUGAAGAAAUUGCCACCUUUAUAUUUAUACUGCUGAAAAUUGUGUGAAAUUCUGAAGAUAAAUUCAAAAUAAAUAAAAAAUCCACUGGCUUAUUUAUA